AUGUCUUCCGAACCCGCCAACGGCGCCGGCACUGAGGGCCUCAGGGUCCCAAGCUCCGACUCUCCUCGCCCGACCUCCUCCUCCCUGAAGCGCAAUUACUCUGGCAAGAAGGAGGCCAUGAAUGGGCCGCUCUACAGGCAAACAGUCAACCACACUGUCCUCGUCAGACGUCUUAAGAGGAAAGGAGACGGGCCUUCUAAGCAAUUGGCCCGCUGGUUUGUCGAGAACCAGAUCGGCUUCUCAUUCAACCUUCUUGCGCUUCUGUUUUGCGCCCACUAUCUGCUGCCCAAGUCACAGUCCUACACGGCCAAAUUCGUUCGCCUUCAAUACUACAAUGCGAAUUCUGGAAAGUAUGGCGCUGGCUUCGACGACUCCUACUUUGUCGCCUUCGCCGUUGUCCUCCUCACCGGCCUGCGAGCCGCGACAAUGGAGUAUGCCCUGGCUCCGUUCGCCAAGCACAUGGGCAUCAGCAAGAAGAAGGAGGUCACUCGCUUUGCCGAGCAGGCCUGGCUAGUCCUAUACUGCACCACGUUCUGGUCUCUUGGCUUCUACAUCUACUACACGUCUCCCUACUGGUUGAAUCUCAAGCAGCUAUGGGCGACCUGGCCAAACCGUGAGCUUGGUGGCUUGCACAAGACCUACAUUCUUGCUCAGUUAGGUUUCUGGCUACAGCAGAUCUUCGUCAUCAACAUUGAGGAACGUCGCAAGGACCAUUGGCAGAUGCUGUCUCACCACUUCAUUACUAUUGCACUGAUUGUCGGGUCAUACCGAUACCACCACAACGCCGUGGGCAACCUGAUUCUGGUGCUGUUCGAUCUUGGGGACAUUCUCCUCUCGGGUGCUAAGUGCCUCAAAUAUAUGGGCUUCACCAACGCCUGCGACGUCGGUUUUGGGCUGUUUAUGCUGGCAUGGUUCGUCUGCCGUCACAUCUUUAUGAACAUGGUCUGCUGGUCCAUCUACGAGCACGUGCCUUACACGAUGACCUACGGAUGCUUCAAAGGCAACCAAGACAACCUUCAGGGACCGUUUGAGCAGCCUGAAGGCUACAGUUUCUACCUGCAGCCGUUCCUGGCGUCUGACGGGCUGUUGUGCCACAAUGACACAAUCAGAUGGACAUUCUUGACGCUUCUGCUCAGCUUGCAGACCAUCUGCAUCGUCUGGUUCGCAAUGAUUGUCAACGUGGCAGUGCGUGUCAUCAGAGGUGCUGGCGCGGACGACACCCGCAGCGAUGACGAGGGUGACGAGGAAGAGGAGGAAGAGUUCGUGUACGAGGAGGCUCAGGCAAUGGAGGAGGAUGUCGGAGUUGAGGAGAUUGAUUUGAAAAUUUGGGAGCGACGAAGUGGUGUCAAGAGGACGACCUCCAACACCACCGCUGUCAGCCUUCCCGGACACAGUGACCGCAAGGAGCUGCUGAACCGCAUCGGCUGCGAGAAGCAGAUCGACUGA